CUAUUGGUCCACGGUAUCAUAAAUAAUAUGCAAUAAUAGAAACUAUGCAUUGACUGAGCACGAUGGGAAAAGAUCAGGAAUUACUCGAGGCUGCCAGAACAGGAAAUACAAACCUUGUGGAAAAACUUCUUCAUUCAAAAUCAAAAUCAAGCGCUUUCGCUGCUUCUAUUGGGUUAAAGUCUCGAAUGAAAAAAUUAUUCAAGAUUCGAGUAGGUGCUCAUGUGAAUUGCCAAGAUCAGAAUGGAUAUACCCCACUCCAUCAUGCUUCAUUGAAUGGCCACAGUGACAUUGUCCAAUUACUCCUUGAUGUUGGGGCUUCUGUGAAUACUAAAGACAAGAAUGGGAGCCGUCCUUUACAUCUUGCUGCUUGGAACGGAAAAUCUGAAAUUGUGAAAAUAUUACUCACUAAUGGUCCAAACUUUGCCAGUGUGAAUGAGCAGAACGCCGACAAGGAAACGGCCUUACAUUGUGCUGCUCAACAUGGACACAGAGAGUCAGUGAAGAUAUUGCUUGACAACCAUGCUGAUCCUGAGCUUCGUAACAUCAGAGACGAGUCUGCUCUUGAUCUGGCAUCCCAGUAUGGCCGAUUAGAAGUUGUUCGAUUGCUACUGAGUUGCCAUCCAAAUCUACUUGCCAGAUCUCCAGAACGCUUUACUCCUUUACAUCUUGCGUCUCGGAACGGUCAUCGUGGGGUCGUCGAGUUAUUGUUGGUGCAUGGUGCUGAUAUUAAUAAAGUGGGAGCGAAUGGUACUGCAUUGCAUGAAGCUGCGUUAUUUGGAAAGUAUGAUGUUGUCAGUCUGUUGUUGAAGAGAGGAGCGGAGACCGGAUCAAAGGAUACAAGCGGGCGCUCUGCGUUGGAACUCGUGUCGCAACUUGACACUCAGAUAUCAAGAGACAUUGCUAAGCUCAUCAUAGCUCGGAUCCAGGAAGGCGAAGAUUAUGAACCGUUUUGUGGGAUUGUUUCUUCUACUCCCCAGCGGAGAAAACUGGGUGAAGAUAUGAAAGCGAGGAAUGAAUUUGACAAGCCUACAAAUGUAUUUGUCGCCUCACCAACCUUGUCUCGCAACCUGUCUCAUAGUUUUGGAGAAGCAGAUUUGGUGUCUCGUGAGCCAUCGAGAGGACGACCUUCAAUUUCACCUUCAUUCCGAUACUCAAGGUCAUCACAACUCAGUCCUGAAACUUCAAAAAGUCCGAGUGGACAUCGGAUACGACUACGAAGGACAUCAUCUGCUAGAAGUGCUAGGUCACUUCCAAGGCUGGUGUCCACAGCCAGUUUCCAUGGCAACAGGAGUCUCCAUAGUCUCCACGGGAAGAAAAGCGACGUAACGUCAAUGCAAGAUUGGUCGGUACGUCAACAUCAUCCAUCUAUCGACAUGUUUCCUGUGACCCCAACUCGGGCUUCUCAAACGAGUCGUAAAACUUCAUCUUCUGAGCCUUCCUCUCCCACACAUUUAGGCCCGAUGUCAAUUUCCCCAAUCAGACCUGGUGACACUCCAGAAGUCGUCGUUCACGGCACACCAUUACGACUAGAAGAUGACAAUGUAUUCUUCCCUGGGACUCCAACGUCAGGUCGUCCAUCUUUUGAAACAUUUUUACCAUCCAAUCAUUCCAGGCCCGAACCAAAAACUGUCAUCCCUCUAAAACCACCUGCUGAUGACUCGACAGAUUCAAAAAUUGCCAAGUCAUUAUUCACCCCCUCAAGUCAACAAAAAAUAAUUCCAAUAAUCAUAACUAAAUCAUCCCCAGGGGAUUCCCCUUUAGACUCGCCACAACAAAAACUUACUUUGGUUAUGUCAAGUGAUACUCCUCCUCCUUUGCCCAAAAAGAGCACAGCAUCUCCACCUUGUGGAAUAGAGCCUAGCUCACCCCCAAUUCCAGUCAAAAAAAGUAAUUCACAGCCAGAACAAGUUAUAAUAGACCCAGAAUCAACAAAAUCAAAAGAAACCGGUAAAUCAAGUUUUUCCGAGGAUAUAAUUCCGCCCAACUCAAUGACAUUUGAAGGUCAUCAGUCCUCUGGUAGCAUCAAACAUGACUCUUCUAGUAUAUUAAAUGCGAGUAUUUCUUCUGCUUCUGAUCUCUCUCCCACAGUCAAGUCUCCCAACGCCCCCAGGAAGCCACAGAGAAACAGACCAGUUCUGUCUCCGCCACCUCUUCCUCCUAAACCAGCUCACAUGAUGCAAGAGCCUAAGAGACCUCGGCCGCCAUCCCCAACUCAGCCCCCACCACUAGAUGAUGAUGAAGAUAUUUUUGCAGAGGAGGAGGAAAUAGAGUCAUUUUCACGCGAUGUAGAUAAUGAUGACUCAUCUUUUAUCACUGUAGAGGGCGAAGAUAUAACAAGGUUGCCAGAUUCUACCACUGUUACUGAAACCAACACCACUGAAGCGGGAUCUCAAUCAAGGUCUUGCAACCUGUCACCACCAUUGAGCAGCUGUCACAGUGGAUCGACAACGUCAACUAUUUCCACCGUAAUUUUUAUUCCUUCCCCAACAAAUGUCGCAAAAAGUGACAGUUCCGACUCCCCGGACACCGAUAACCCCAUGGUCGAAUUUGAACCCCAUGAGGAUCCUGCUAGUUUACAGUGUGACCAGGAUUUGUCCCAGAAAAGUGGAAACACAACCCCAGAAUCCCCGUUUCCGACUGACAGCAACAGUAUACCUAAUUUUGCACCUGUGAAUUCUGUCUCGCCCCAAAAUGACGACAAUUCUUCAAUAAUAGACAAUAGUAACACAACUCAGAAUAAAUCAAAAGAAAUCUCCAAUCAAACGUUUCUUUCACCAAAAUCCGCCACAAUUUCAGAAAACACAACUAUUGAAAUUAUCAACCUAACUUAUGAAAACUCUCUUAUCGAUCAAAAUACUGUUAAAACCAGCAUAUCAAACCCUGUUGAAGACAAUUCUACCUCAAACGAUACCCCAGUAUCCCCCACUUUGAGGUCCCCGAGCCCCCCUUUUUCACCCCCCUCCCCAAACACCGCCAUGUUGCAAGUUUCUUCAGCCAUUCAGAAGGCGAUACCAACAGAGAAGUCUUCUAUCAACACAUCUAUGCAAUCAUCAUCAUCAACUUCUUUUUCUUCUUUAAAGACUAAUUUAACUAACACACAACUCAACACUGAGCCAAUCCAUAUAAAAGAGAAUGAACUAAACUCUGUGGCACCCAAAACAGCACCAAGUCUCCACAAAACUAUAACUUUGAAGCCGAAUUUAGAACCUGGCACAUCUACAAAGCCGUCCUUGAUGCAAGGAAGAAAGCAAAAUACGGCCCAACAGGAUAAAUCUCUGAUGACACCAACAAUUGACAAGGAAUCUGUAAAAGUGCUGAAUUCUCAAAAUGUGCCAAAUGUGUCUUUGAAAAUGUCCAAUAAACAACCAACUAACCCUAGUCCGUCAAAAGCAAUGAUCAUGCCAGUUCACAAAGACCAGAAGCAUCAUCAGGCCAACACAACGCUAACAACAGCUCCUAUAAAAAAAACUGAAGAUGUGUCGCUCAAAGUUAGAAAUGAGGACGUAUCUAUCAAAGAGACAAAUGUUAAUAAACUGUUUCAUUCUGAAGUCUCUUUACCUGCAACGUUAUUAAGUACUGCACCAGUUAGUGAACAAAAUCCUACACAAAAGACUAAUCUUAUUCCAGCAGAUAGGGCACAGCCCAGAUCAAUCCCACCUCAUCAUACUCAACCAGAGUUAAACCCUAGAAGCCCACCAACAAAGACAAAGCCAUCCCAUGACCAUGUCACUUCUCAAUUGUCUGCUGGAGAGACUCAAAUAACAGUCAAUAGCAAUGAACAAAAAUUGUCACAGAAGACAGACCUAAACUCAGGGAAAGCAGCGUCUGAAACAAAGUCGAUGAGUCAAACACUACCUAAACCGGUAUUAUCCAAUGAUACCUUAACAUAUAAAACAUUGGAAAAACCAGCAGGAUCAAAAACAACACCCGCUGAAGUGGCUGAUACGAGGAGCAACACACUACCCAAAGUCACUGCACCACAGGUUAAGCCCAGAAGAUCAAUAGGUGCAAGACCUUGGUCUAGGAAAAUUACCGAUUCGUCACACAGUCUGUUUUCCUCUAAUCUUGUCAAAGGGCAAAUGACUGUUGCCAGAAAUGCAACAGAAAAUAAUAAUGGGAGUCAUACACAGACUCCUUUGACACAAACAAAGCCAGUGGAGACUGUUGCCAGGUUUUAUAAUGUUUCAACCACUGAAACUACUCAGGAGAUUUCAAAAUUACAAACUGUGCCAAUUAUGACUGGAAAUAACCAGUUGAAACCGGAUUUUGAACAAGUGGAGGCUCUCGGUCCAAAACAAAAGUCUGAGAAUUUGAUAAUAAACAAGUUCACAAAUAUCACAAGCUCUCCAAUGUCAUCAAUUCCAUCAGUGAAUGAGGGUAAGAUCUUGAAGCCAAGUAUUGUACUUGCACCUAAACCUUUCAGUAGAACUGUCUCUGAAAAACGAACUCAGAGUAUUAAGCCUGCACUUCCGAAAAAGAGAUUGUCCCUCGAUUCUAUUCAACAAAGAAAUAGGACGCAAGGGGAAUUUUCUACUUUGACUUUACCGAAAAGUGUAAAAAAUAGAGUCGAUUUGAGGCAACUUCAAUCAAAAUCAUUGACUAGUGUUCAUAUGCCUGUAUCCACUGUCUCAAACACAAAGAAAUUAUCAUCAACUGUGAAUACGAAAAAUUUAAUGGAAAAGACUCAACAGGGUGGAGAAAAUGAACACAAGAGUGCGCUAGUGAGGCGUGAGUCGAAAAACCAACAACUGAGGCCUCAAAGUGAUUUAUAUUACACAGCCACUGAAGUCAAACGUGCAAGGAUAUGUAGCACUCGUUCUGUCAUUGAAAUCCCAAACACAAAAAUUUACAGCGAAUAUGACAACUCACAAAAUGAAAAUGAAAACCCACUUGCCAGAAAUAAGAGGAGUUCAUCUUUAGGUCCUCAAGUGAAAACACCAUAUCCUGAGCCUAAACCUAUGAAUGUACAGAUUGAAAUAAAAACUGCACCUUCGAUACGACGACGUGUGAGUGACGCCUACACACAGACUUACCCUCCAAAAUUGAAGUCGAGGCCAAGAUUAUCAUUGCAGAAAUCAAAAUCCAUUGAUCGAGUUCAUCGAGACAUGUCUGAAACUAAGGAUUUUUCAAUCCCAAUUUCCCAAUCUUCUGUAAAUGCUAUCACCCCCGCAGUUCCAUCUCCUCCAAAAAAUACCUCAGAAUCUCCAAAUUCAUCACCAAGGCCAGUUCCUAAGAUCAAACCAGCUCUUGUUUCCACCCCAACAAAGCUACAAAGGCCUAAAAAACCCACAAAGCCAGCUCACCUUCUGAAUUACAAGCCAAGUAUAAAAGCUAAAACUUUGCCAAAAACAAAUACCUUGAAAACUGAGAAAGAAUUGUCUUCUUCCAAUGAUGACGUUUUUAAAGCAGGAUCUGGUCGCGACUUGUCGAUGCAACAUAAUUCAUCGUUGGCUGAUAAGUCUGCAAUCUCUGUCCUCUCACUCGAUACAUCAGAUGAUUGGAACGAUGCUUUAUCAGAUCGGACUGAAGAUUUGAACUUUCCAAAAGAUGUUCGAAGAUUUAGAGGACUAAUUCGUGGCUCUAGUUUAUCCUACCGGUCUCGAUUCACGUCUUGUACUGCAAGAGAUCCAGCUUAUGAAUCGGACGAAUUCGAAUACGAUUAUAACGUAGAUUCGAAAGCUUCGUAUUCGAGAGUGAACCCAUCGCUUCAACCGGACGACGAAUUUGAGGAUCAGAGAUACAAUACUGUUGUGACUACGGAAUCUGUGAACAAUUCAGGUUUUUCCCGACCUCAGACAAAAUUGGCGGAGUCGGGUGUUCGUGACGAUUAUAUGGCGCAAGACCGCAACGUUCUUGUGGUAAAGAAACCUGCGCAGCUGAUUGGUGAACCUGGUGAAAAACGACGAAAAGAAGAUUUGCUGUUACUACGCAACACUGUGACAUCACAAGGAGGGUUCAUUAACCACGCCCACUCACGUGACUCUUCGUACGACAACAAUAAUAAUAACAAUAACACGGGAGAGAACGACAGCUCCAAACCGCCCAGACCAGGCACCAGUUCUCUUCCACUGUCCACAAUGACUUCAGCUCCAACAAUACCUUCUCCUAUGUCAGAUGGGUUGCCAGAUUUCAGCACCAUUGUUGACACUGUGACUGCUGUGAGAAGUAAAAGUUCUCCACAUGGAAGUACAAGUGGAGUGUCAUCAUCUUCUUCCUCUCAUUCUUCAACUUUGCCGAAGCAAGAUCCAUUGUCUACUUUGAAUGAGAAUGAUGAAUGGGCACAGAUUGCAAAUAUGAUGAAAUCAGUUGGCAACACAUUGAAUAAAGGUCCAGUUUAUGCCCAAGAAUUUGAGGAAACAUUUUGGAGAAUUAUGACAGGAUCUGACCUCCCUCGUCGAGUGGCAACAUGGCUGAGUGAUCUCAAUCUCUCUCAGUAUGAAGAGGUAUUAUGUGGCAAUGGAUUCGACAACGUCAAUUUUUUGGCAUCUGACAUCCUAGAAGAACAAGAUUUGAUUGACAUGAACAUUCAGAAUGAGUCGCAUCGUCGUCGCAUGCUUGAUUCAGCGAAAAAUCUUCCAAAAAUCAGGCCUUUGCCGCAAUUAUUAAACGGGGAGUUAAGUGUAAACGACAAUCGACCGGUGCCAUCUUGUGUUAGUGAAUGGUUACUCUCGAUUGCGCUCGGGGAUCUGGAACAAAUCUUCGAUACAAUGGGAUUCAAUACGCUCGAUAAAAUCUUAAAAAUGAAGGAAACAGAAAUUGCAGGGAUGGUCCGCCUUCGUGGUCACAGGAAACGUAUCCGAGCAUCACUCGGACUCAACAUUCCGAAAUCAAAACCGAGAUCUGCAUCACUGACCAGUGGAAGGACAAAUAAUAAGGCGAAACCCAGUCCUCCUCUCUCUCGAAGCCCUCUGCUUGACACAGUGAAUUUCUUCAAGGAUUAUUCGCAAACAACCACAUCUAAAGUUACCACAAAUACUAGCUUAAAUUUAUACGGAACUGCAAGCAGUAGCAGUAGUGCUUUGACAAACUAUAGUUCGUUAUCGGACCAAGUCGUUCCCAUUGCAAUAUCAGAAGAACCAGAAAUUGACGAUUUCGCAAACAAACGGGGCCGAAAAAGCGGUUCGACAACGCAAUACACUCGUAGCCAAUCUGCGAGUACCGAACCACUCCACAGGAGGCAGUCAAGAGAGCAAAACAAAGACUAUAAUCGGUUUCCGUCACAACCUGGUAGUUCUCUAAACUCCCGAAAUCACAAAAUUGAAAAAUCUUCGUCUCAAACAGACUUUCUCGAUACUAACUCAACGAACAUUUCUCAAGAAGACGAUUUAUUAUCGUUAGCUAUUUCGAGAUUAACUGACGGAUCGGUGAAGAAAUCUGUUGGACUUACGAACCAGGAAAAUAAAGAAAACAUCAAUAUGAGCACAUCAGAUUCGACAGAGAUCCGAGUACCAGAUGCGAGAAGGGCUUCCUAUCUAUCAAGUAACGGAGAUCUUGUCCUACGACCUCCCAAUGAAACUACAGAGGAAGAAGUCACUGUUAGUUCCUGGUGCCACGACCCCAACGUACUUAUCAAAAGCUGUUGCAAUUAUCAGGCCUAUUAUCUUGGAUCCAUGCUCGUUCAAGAAGUCAAAGGAGUUGAAUCCACAGUUGAAGCUUGCAAUAAGAUGAAGAAAUCGACAGAUUCCAUGAAGAAGAUUCCAACGAUCACUCUAUCAAUCAGCUAUAAAGGAGUCAAGUUUAUCGAUUCCAAGUCCAAACAUGAAAUUGCCGAACACGAGAUCCACAACAUAUCGUUCGCUUCACAAGAUGCAGAUGACCUUUCAACUCUAGCGUAUAUAACCAGGGAUGCCAGGACUGGGAACCAUUAUUGCCACGUAUUCAGGGUUACAACACUGGAUGUUGCGUAUGAAAUCAUUCUCACACUUGGCCAAGCAUUUGAAGUUGCUUAUCAGUUAAUAUUAAAGGAAAAAUCAAUGCAAGAGGAAGAAGGGUCAUAACCUUACAAAGGUGAAAGUUCACAGUGAUAACUUCCUACUUCCUGCCGAUAUGGGCUGGGGGGAGUUAAAUACCCAAGGUAUAUCCUGAUUUCUUCAAACAAAAAUUUAACCUUGGGAAUGUUGUCAAUGACCUUGAAAUGAAUGCAUAACUCAGUUUUGUUAAGUUAUGGUCCUUCAUUGUGACUCAGAAUACUGGUUUUGGUCAUGGUACUACAGCAUCAAGCAAAAAUCUCGGACUCUGCGGCAAUUAAGAGGAAUCCCUGACACCUGACCUUUUUAUUUUCUGCCAUGUUACUGUGUUUGUGCGCAAAAUAACCAACAUUAUUAUCAGUUGUUUUCCGCUGAGAUACAACUGCUGGUUUAAUAAUUUUUGGAGAAGUGGUGGCAUAUCUAUUUAUUUUUGAAAAGUACUCGUUAUCUCACUAUGAUAAAGCUUUGUAACAUUGUCAUAUUUUGGGGAAAUGUUUAAUCAUUUCUGAGCUAAUCUCGUGCAACGAAGCGCAGGGUGCGGAGGCAAUGCUUUCUUAACCAUCGUUUUGACAAAGUAUUAUGACAUGUAUGUAUUAUGAAUUCACACCCUGUCUUACUUACCGGUGGAUUGUCCGCACUUACUCUUGCAAAUGGUUGAUAAAAAGAUAUGGCUCUAAAGGAUUCUUGAUGUAAUAUAGUGCUGUUGUUUUCAUUCCUUGUUCUGUCAUAAUGUAUGAAUUAUUUCAUCAUAAUGAAUGUUUUAUUUCAACCGUUCCUGAAUUGUUUUAACUUGUUUGUUUAAUUUAUGGGGAAAUGACCAUUUCUCCUAUUUUUGUUGCAGUUUUUCUUCGCCAUGACCUGGCUUUUUAUGUGUUUUUAUUCCAAUCAUGUAUUUUUAUUUUGUUCGUACUUCUUGUCUUUUCUUUCUUUUUUCAUUUAUGGAAUAUAUCAGUGAUAUUGCGAUA